AUGGCUCAGCUGGAUGUCAAUAAUAUAAUGGGUGACCCGUUCGCCUUGGUAACACUUUCAAUGGCUAUGAUCGGAUGGCUAUUAUCCUUGGUCACUUGUGUGAUUUCAGAUGUCCAAGGUAUUUUUCCCAACUAUGUGUGGUGGGCUGUCACCUAUAUGUUCGUAACAAUUAUUGGCCUUGCCAUUGUCAUGGGCUCUCAAACAAGCCAUGUUUAUGCCAUCGCGAUUGUCGGUUAUCUCGCCGCAGGUCUCUGCUUUACAACUCUCGCCGUCAACUCGUUGGUUUAUGACGGCAGUGCCACCAAGCAGGCUGCUGCUGCAGGAUUUAUCCUCCAAUCCAUGGUUAUCAUCAUCUGGAUCUUCUACUUCGGCUCAACCCCCCGAUCCUCAACGCGCGGCUACCUCGACCACUCUGGCGGCGCAGGCAACGAACACCACUCCUACCGCAACAGCAAGCCCAUUUCAAACUCCUACGGCCGCCCCGAAACAACCGUCUCCGGCAACCAGCCACCACAAAUGUACACUUCAGCCCAACUGAACGGCUUCGAAACCUCCACUCCCAUCGCCGGCUACCCCUCCACCGCCACAGAUAACCCCAAUAACGCCGGCCGCUUCGGCCAAGCCCCCAUCGGCUCACAGACAAAUCUUACCCCCGGAAAUAACCCCGUAGUAGGCGCUGGCGGCAUCUCCCUUGGAAUGGGUGGUGCAACUGACCCAUCGAAUGCCAACGAAAUCAGCCAGCCGACGGAAUACCCUUAUCGUGCGAAGGCGAUAUAUUCCUAUGAAGCGAACCCAGAUGAUGCGAACGAGAUUAGUUUUGCGAAGCAUGAGAUUCUUGAUGUGUCGGAUGUCAGUGGCCGGUGGUGGCAGGCUAAGAAAGCGACUGGAGAGACGGGGAUUGCGCCGUCGAAUUAUCUUAUUUUGUUAUAG